AUGGAGAUUGGUCUGGCCUCAAAAAGAAAACUAGGUUUUGUAACAGGAGCGGUAAAGAGGGAUGAGAAAGAUGUUGUUAAAGGAGAAGCCUGGGACACAUGUAAUAGUAUGAUUAUAUCUUGGAUUCUAGGUUCUGUGAGUGAAUCCAUUAAGAAAUCUGUUAUGUUUUUGAGCAAUGCUCAUCAGAUAUGGAGGCAACUAGAGAAAAGAUUCUCUCUCACAAAUGGUUCAAGAAAGUAUAAACUAAACAAGGAGCUAUAUGAAGCAAAACAACAAGGUAGGCAGGUGAGUGAGUAUUACACCAUGAUGAAAUGUCAUUGGGGGGAAGUGGACUCUCUGAAUACUCUACCACCUAUCACCACUGUAACAGCUGAGAUAACAAGCUUUGUAGAAGCACUUACUCAACAGCAAGAUGAACAUAAGUUGUUCCAGUUUUUGAAUGGGCUUGAUGAAGUCUAUGGAACUCAGAGAAGAACAAGAAGAAGCUCAAAGAGAGUUGUUGAGCCAGGUGAAAGAAGAAACAAAGACCUUGGCUAUGUUCUGGAAAGGGACAGUGGGGGAGCCACAAGUAGCACUCCUCCUACUACUCAAUGCACUGUGUGCAGCAAAACUAGGCACACAAAAGAAAGUUGCUGGCUUGUAGUAGGGUUUCCCAAGAACAAAGCAAGGACACAGGGACUUCCAUAUAACAAAGGAAAGGGAAAGAACAAUUAUGGACAGCAAAAAUGGAGCAAGGGAAAGCCAUCUGGUGUAAAGGUAGCUGCAAAUGCUCAAAAUCAGAAUGACAACAUGUCAAUUUCAAGCAACAACACCACUAUUACUGCUCAACAACUUGAGCACCUUCUCAGACUUCUACCUACCCCAUCUAAAGGUGAAGACACUGAAGAUGAGAUGGACAUACAUUACUCAGGUAUGGUGUCAUGUUAUUUUGCUGAUUCUGUAAGCAUGGAUACAUGGAUUCUGGAUUCUGGUACCUCAGACCAUAUGACUGGGAAUUUCUCUAUGUUAAAACAUGUUGUGACAUGCAAAGAUAACUCUCUGAUUAACUUGCCUACUGGUCAGACCUCUAAAGUCACUCAUACUGGAAUUAUGAUGCUAGAAAGUAAUGUAAAGUUGAGAAAUGUCCUGUAUAUUCCUACUUUCAAGCAUAACCUUCUGUAUGUGAACAAGUUAUGUGAAGAUCUGAAAUGUAAGACAACAUUUCUUGAUAAAUACUGCCUGAUUAUUGACUUUGUGAAUGAAGAAAUAAGAUGUGUGGGAAAAAGUGCAAAUGGUCUUUACUAUUUGAUAAAUGAACCAGUUGAGAAGACUCUUCAUAGAAUUAAAGAAGAGACUAGUUAUGCCAUUUAG